GGCUUAAUUUCAUUUGCAAUGACCAACGCUUUGUGAUUUUUCACUUCUCUAACUCUACAGAGCCCCUGCUCUACCCCCCACCCCAUUCUACCUUUAAAACACCCAAAUCAUCCCUCACAAAUUGGAAUGCAGCUCAGCUCUUUCCCUUACUGUCAGUAGUGACUAAACAAAAUCUGUUUUCAUCACAUUAAUGUCUGGCUGGGUUAAUUUCUGACACUAUCUCAUAAUCUGUUAAAAGGAUUAAAUAUGUCUAUUAAUAAAUCGUCGGUAACUUCCAGAAGAGCAGGAUCGGGAUGGUUUAAGAGGACAAAGAAAAGCUGAGGGCCCUCAAAGGAACUAUCUUACUGCCAUUCAGGACCAUCACCUUUGGAAUGGCAUCUUUGCAGUGUGAAAUGGAAAAUAAGGGAUAAAAACACGAAGAAUUCUUAUUUUAAUAUGUCACAUGAGCAAAGACUGCAAAGUGGAAGCAAUAAGAAAAAGAUGUUGAAUACAUCUUUUUUAAAAGCACGAAACUAAGAGCCUAGUACCAGCAGAUGGAGCCUCAUGAUCACAUUCUGUCAUCCUCCCUAUCUUCCUCCCUUUCUUGUUUUAAUUUUAAAAUGUUUUACUUGAGUUCAAACAAUUAAGAUUAGAAAAUACUUUAAAAAUUUAAUAAAGUUGGAACUCUGAACUCAAUCAGAAAUAUUCUUAUUGAGCUAAAAACAAUGCUAUUAAUUCAAGGGAGUGUGUUUUUUUGUUUUUUCCCUUCUUCCCUUUCAAAGACAAAUCCAGAGAGCUCUGGGGGCUCAUCUGUUCCCCAUUCCAGAGACUUGGCUAUGUGCUGGCCCAGCAGGUCUGAGUCGCCUCCACACAAGGAAUAGGCUGAUACCAGCCGCUGAGGUCUGGAGGUGCCCUCACGUGUAAAACUGGGCUCACAAGGCCACUUCCCCGGCCAAUAAAUCUUUACUAUUGCACAAAGGUUUGGAUGCUCCUUGCCAUGCUAUGGUAGUGUUAUGGGAUGUUGCGGGGGUGAGGUCACUCAUUAGUUACUAGAUAGACUAUUAGCCAUACUGAGUCCAGUCUAAUCAAAAACAGUCCAAGCACACUCUCCAUGAGUUAACAAGAGUUUAGAGAUUACACUGACUCUGCUUGUAAGUUUAACCCCAACAUAUCCUACUGGAUAUUGCCCUAAGUGCUAACAGUAGUGUGAUCCUGCCCUCCCUGAACAACAGAGUGCCCAUAAUGAACCAACACAGUAUGGAAAAAUGUUCCUGUGCUUGUAGAUAAAUUUGAAUUUAGUAACUAUUCAAACUGCAUUGCCUAUUAAAAAAGAAACUUAAAAUUUUAAAUGAUUAAAAAAUUGACCCCAUCACUUGUCAUAUCACCCUGUUUUAAUUCUUUGAAGAACACCUACUGUAUAUUUUCUUAUGUCCUCAUUAAUUUAUUUUCUUUCUCCUCUAACUUACCAGAAAAAUAAACUCUAUGAAAGUAGAGAUUUUGUCUGUAUUAUUCACCCUGGAGCACUCAGCACCUAGAACAGGAUCUAGCAAGGAAAAGCCACCCAAUAAACGUUUACUGAGUAAGCUAUACUUGCUAAACUUAACCAAACUUGCCUUCUUAUCUCCUAAACCACUUCUUCAGAAUUCUGAGUUUGGUGGCGCUCUUCGACGUUUUCACUAAUGCUUGGUGUUAUGCCCCUCUCUCUGCCCUUUUCCGAUUGUAUUAUAAUUACCCGUUUGUGUGCUGGGCUCGCCCAGAAAACUGUGGUCGACUUGAGCUCAGAGACCUGAGUGCCUGGCAUACAGUAGGUACUCAGUAAAUAUCUGUGAAAUAAAAUCACCUGGAAGCACACCCUGACACUCCCAGGGGCCCCAGGGCCUCGGGGAUUACUCAAACGCGAGCACAGCCAGACUCAGCUGUGUGACCCAGCCGACCACCAGCAAUGCCUUUUCUUCACUGCACUGCCACAGGUCAGACAAGCCCGAGCAGCUCCCGACGAACCCUCCCCAGGCUGCGAUCGCCCGUCCCCAACCCCAAAGGAAACAGAAGAGCGACACAGACAGCACGUGGGCAUCCGCACGGAACACACACUUGCACCCCGAACCCCGACAGGGCCCGCUGCCCACGGACCAGCCCAGGGGCCCGCUCGGGUCCUCCCUGCCCUGGCUCCGGCCUCAGGCCCCCCCCGGGGGAGGCCGGCAGAGGACACCGGCAGAGGCCGACCGGAGAACGCAGGGUUGCAGCCAUCCCGCCCGCCAGGAAGGAGCGCCACAAAUCUCCGCCACGGCUCAGGCUGCACUCUCGCUACGCCGGCGCCCUCCCCUUCGCCAGCCUCACCAGUUUGUCCCCGAAAGCUGCGGCGGGUACCCGCACAGCACACUACCUGGGCGCAGCCAUAUUGGAGGAAACCGCACUACAUUUCCCGAAUGGAGACUUCUAUCCCCAGUGAAUGAGAAACAAGGAGCCACUUCUUUGUUGUGUUGGCCACAGCCUUCUUGAAUGUGUCCUCCUA